AUGUUUUUUCGACCGCCGUAUCUAGGUUCGUCCCGCAUCGAUGAGAUUCUCGAUGAAGCCGAACGUGAAGGAAGGGUUGGGGAUCAGGAGCGUUCGAUUUUCCAUAGUUCGGAUCGGCAAGCGUCUCAGGAUAGGACAAGUCCGAGUGCUGGUGACGGGCGUGCGGCCUCAAGCCAGCGACAAGGCGACGUGUCUGAAGAGUCUGACGCAACGGCGUCUGGUGGAACCUCAGUCGACCCUGUACGGCAAUUCCAAGCGGAUGAACAGCAACAAUCGCGGAUUAGGCGUACAGUUCGGACGAUUCUCGCGGAAGACGACCUCAUUCCGGAGUGCAAGGCCAUGAACUUGCGUCUUUUCGAAUAUUUCUCGCAACCGACUGCGCUGCGCUCGCUCGUCCAGUUCGCAAUCGGUUGUGAUGAUGAUGAAGAACACAAGUACGCUGGCAUGGCUACGGAGGUUCUAUGCUCAGAUGUUGAGCGCCUCAACGAGGCCUUUAUCUCAAACGUGGAUGUUUUGGAAUUGUUCCUGGGCUUCGUGCGCCGCAAACCACCACUCGCGGCGGAUCUGGUGUCGAAUUUUGCAAAGAUCUUUCUCUGUAUGCUCCGAGCGAAAUCGGAAGAGUUGCUUUCCGCAGUCGAUGAGCACAAGUCAUGGUUCUUCUCGCAGGGCAUUUUACAACAUUUACAGCACUCUGCGCUCAGCAAUUUGAUUAUUGAGUUGCUGAUCCAGAACGAGAUCGUGAUCUCCCGCAAAGCCGUGCACAUAUACGCACAAGCUGAAUUGUUGAAACGCCUCGUGGAUCUGUUUGUCAAUGAAACAGAAUCGCCUGACGAUGAAACGCUCAGCAAUGUCAUGAGUAUCAUUGUUUCGCUCAGUGGGCGAGCGGUGCCGCUUGCCGAAGCCGCGGAUAUCUUCCACUCGGUUGGCGGCAUACCGGAUGAACUCGAGGGCGGAUCCAUCCUCGAGACCGCUGCAAGAGCGAAUCAGCAGCACCAGCUUCGAACGGCGGCGAGCGGGCAGACCUCGAUAUGCCCCGAUGAGCGCGACGAGUCGAGCGCCACGGCCAUGAACCAGGAACGCAAAGCGCUCAAAUCUCUGGACCUUUUGCGGCAACCGGAGCUUCUCGCGCGUUUGCUGAGCGCAUUUCGCCAGAGCGAUGCGCACCUGCUCUAUGGUCUAAGUAUGCUCACGGAGCUCGUGUCUAUUAAUAAGGAGCUUUCUCAUGAGUACGAAACAGUGCAGCACCACUGGGAACAGACGAGCUUGCGCCUAUCCACAGCCAAUGAACGACAAGAUGCGGACACAGCGCGAGCCCCGUUGUCUUUGCCAUCGUCGUCGUUGUUGCGUCCAUCGUCGGAAACGACUGCAUUUGCCAGCAGCGCCGAAGACAGCGACACGAGCAGCACGUCCUCAAGCGAACUGGGACGGACGCCUGCGGCCGCACACUCCAUACGAAGCAAGAUGGGAGAAUUUGAAACCGCUUUGCAGGCGCAUUUGCCGUAUCUGUUGUCGCGACUCGAGGAUGAUGCUGAAUCGGGGCAUUUCGGGGUGAUUCGAUUGAAGCUCGUCGAGUUUUUGAUUCAGAUGAUGCUGGAUGUAUCGCCGCAGCUUUGCAGCAGGCUUCUUGCGAUGGGAAUCCCUGCAACGCUGACUCGCUUGCUACGAGCCUACCCAUGGGUCUCCGUGUUCCAUCAUCUCUACCAUCGUGCGCUUCAGGAGACACUCCUUACACCCUUUCAAUCAUUCCUUCAAGCAGUUCAACCGGCGCUCGAUGAGGCAAAUCUGCAGGCUAUCGCGGAUGGUACCCUGAUCCCCGACCGUUUACGCGCAUGGUUUCUCGAGGCAAAUAUAGUCCAGAGUUUCGUGCAGCUCCAGCAGGUUGCGCUCAAUGCGGAAAGCGGCCGCAUAUCACCCGAAGAUAUGCGAGCGCUUGUGCGCGCUGUACCCCAACUCGAGUGUACGGAUCACGCGGCUCGAGCACCGCCUUCGCGCAUACGAGUGGCACUUUCCGCGCAUCUCGCGGAGAUGAUACUGGAAAUCUACGAGCAGGUGUUCGUUCCGCUCAGCAAAAUGACUGCCACAUGCACUUCGGGACAAGAGGACGCUGCGCUGGCAACCGGUGCCCCUGGCUGGCAACCAGCAACGACCAAAGAGGCAACGGCGGGAACAGCGACUGUCGUGCCGCUGCUCCAGCGCACGAAACGCUCGAAGGUACCGCUUCUGGCGUUCCUGUCUCCGCUUCUCGGGCUAGAUGAAGAGGGCGGCACGAUGCUGGCGGCUUGGGCUGCCCUCGAGGCGAUUGCUACCGGUCCCGUCUAUGCCGAGAAAUCCAAGCAGCACCGGCAGCUGGGUGGCCGUCGACCUAGCGGUCUCUCUUCGCACAGCCUGAGUGAAGAUCUCGCUCAGCUGCCGACACUCACGACCGACAACGCCACCUCUAUGGGCGAGGGCGACGACGAGGACGGUGACGUCGGCAUGAUAGGUGGUGUCGAAGACCGCCAGGAUGUGCUCGAAGAUCGCCGACGCCCGAGACUACAAGGCAGACCCCCGGAUGGUGCCGUCUUCCAGGAGGACGCGAGUUCGUUCGUGGAGCAGCAUGAUCGAAUGGAUCCACUGUUCGAGGAUAUGGACGAGGAUCGCGAUGAAUAUUUACCGGCACCACCGUUCAUAGAUAACGAACAGCAGCAAGCAUCCUGCGGCGCCAAGGAUGCGGGAACAGGGCCGAGUUCGGCACCGGAACUCAGCGUCGAUGACAUGAUGACGGGUCUCAGCGAAGGCGAGCAGGAGUCGCUCACGCACUUCACGGAUUAUCUGUCACAGCGCGCACGACGAACACCGGCAAACAGCAAUCAAAGUGGAGAGCGCUCUCAGCGAAAAGAUGCUCGGGAUAAUCAAGAAUACUCCGUAACGUCCGCCGGGGCGCUCGACCUCCCCACCGCAGCGUCUCGCAGUGGCGCUGUCGAACGCGAGUCAGCAUCGCAACCAGCGCCUAGGAACGCAUCCCAAUUGAAUGCCUUCAGGCAGAGUGAAGCACCCGAUAACGACUGGGUUGCAUUUGCUGAUGAUCAACACGAAUCUGGCGACUGA